CCGCGGCGCGGGGUAUGGGGCUCUGAUGGCCAUGGACGGCUACAGGGGCUUCCUGGUGCUGCUGGUGUCGGCGCUGCUCGUGGGCUUCCUGUCGGUGAUCUUCACCCUCGUCUGGGUCCUCCACUACCGUGGGGGGCUCGGCUGGGACGGGACCGAACUCGAGUUUAACUGGCACCCGGUGCUCAUGGUCACUGGCUUCGUCUUCAUCCAGGGCAUCGCCAUCAUCGUGUACAGACUGCCAUGGACCUGGAAAUGCAGCAAGCUCCUGAUGAAAUCCAUCCAUGCAGGAUUAAACGCUGUUGCUGCCAUUCUUGCCAUCAUCUCUCUGGUGGCCGUGUUUGAAAACCGCAAUUUCAGUAACAAAACCCAUCUGUACAGUCUGCAUGGCUGGAUUGGACUGACAGUUGUCAUACUCUAUGUCUUGCAGCUUCUCCUAGGUUUUUUUGUCUUUCUGCUUCCUUGGGCUCCACUUUCUCUCCGAGCAGCUUUAAUGCCCAUACAUGUUUAUUCUGGACUUCUCCUCUUUGGAACAGCGAUUGUAACAACACUUACGGGAGUGACCGAGAAACUGUUUUUUGUCCUGAAGGAUCCUGCUUACAGUACAUUCCCACCAGAAGGUGUUUUCGCAAAUAUCCUCGGCCUUCUAAUUCUGGUGUUUGGGGCCCUCAUUUUUUGGAUAGUUACCAGACCACAAUGGAAACGUCCUAAAGAACCGAAUUCUACCCUUUUUCAGCCAAAUGGAGGCACCACAGAGAGAGAGGAAGGCUCCAUGGCAACCAGCUAUGGCCACAACAUGGACAAAUCAGAUUCAGAAUUAAACAGUGAAGCAGCAGCAAGGAAAAGAAACUUAGCCCUUGAUGAGGCUGUACAGAGAUCCACCAUGUAAAAUGGUGUAGAGACGUAUCAGUAUAACUUUACUUCUAAAAACUAGGUCUACGGUUUAGCUUCUCCUAUUUAGCCAUAAGAUAAUUGAGCUACAUAGUGUCAAUAUUUUUUUUAAUCAUAAAGGAAGAUUUCUUGAAAGAGUUUGUAUUGAUUGAGGCCUAUGAACUUACAUGAAUUGGACCUUUCCAAUUCAUGUGAUCAAUACAGAUAAUAGCAGAUA